AUGGCCGGCGGCUGCUCCAGCUGUUGGACGCGGCUGCUCGAGCUCCAGGGCAUGGCCGGCACGCAGGUGCCUGAGCUCCUGGGCGCGGUGUAUCUGGCAACACACAACGACGAAGAACACGCACCAGCGGGAUGCAGCGGCGAGCAGCAAGAGGGCGCGGCGGCGAGCAGCGGCACAUAUCGGCGGCGGACAACAGCGGCGGCGAGCAGCAGUGGCAACGGCGGGCAGCACGUACCGACGGCGGACAACAGCAGCAGUGGCGGCGAGCAGCAACAGAAGCACGCAAUAGUGGUGGAGCACGCUGCAGCGGCCGGGGUGGGUGUCGGCCGCAAGGGGCUGGCCGGGCGUUCGGGUGCGGGCGCAGCGGGCGACGGGCGCCGUGUGCAGGGGGUGCGGGCGCAACCCGAGGGGCGCAUGCCCGAGGGCACUGGGCGCGCGCGGCGCACGCCGGCGCCGGCGGCCAGGCCAAGGGAGGCGGCGGAGGGACGACUGCGGUGGCGGGCGCCAGCCGCGGGGCAAACGACGGCGCGAGGGGAGGUAAUGGCCGGCGGGGCAGCAGCAGAGGGGAAGCAGGCGCGGGCGUCGCUAGGGGCCGAGCGGGAGCACGACGAGGCCGACGGGUGUCUGCAGGCGGCACGCCACGCGGGCACAGGCAGGGGUGCGCGCGCGGCCAGGGCGGCCGGCGCGCGUGCGGGCGUCGGUGAGCGAGGCCAUGGCCGAAGUGGCCGGAGUAGGGACGAGGAGGAGAUGCCGGGGCCUCACCAUGGGGCCGUGGGGUCUAGGCAGCGGUGCUCGGGGAGGAAGACGGGGACGCGACGCCGGCGAGGAGGAGAUCCCGCGAGGGAGCGUUCCGGCGACGUGGUGGUGGCGACGACGGGCAACGGCAUCGUGUCGGCGACGAGGCGAGGCCACGGCUUCAGGCGGGAGCCGCACGAGGAAGAGGAGGGGCGCGGAGGAGUCCGGGAGGGGCGGCACCGGCAAGCGCGUCGAGUGGCGGGGGCGAGGCGGCGAUGGAUGUCGACGGGCGAUCCGGGCGGCGGCCUCCUCCUCCGAUCCUGA